CGGAUAACACACACAACAUCCUCGCCAGCCUUGCUGUGCACUUCCCACCAUGCUGCUCCGGCUCAUUCUGCUAUUCUACACGCUCCAAGUUGCAGAUGCAGGACUGUUCCAAUACCCGCCCUUAGUCAGAGUCGAGGUCGGGAGCAGCGUAAACUUGACCUGCGAUAUCGGGGACUUCUCGAGUGCAAAGUGUUUCACUGUCAUCUGGUUCAAACUGCGGUCCACAAGCAUCCUGACUCUGGAAACUUAUCAAAGUGUCAGAGCCGGUGGCAGCUUCGUAGGCGACGAAAUCGAAAGAACCUGUUCCCUGAAUCUAAACAACGCGCAGGUGAACGAUUCCGGGGCUUACUAUUGCGCUUUUAUUACGAACCAAGUCAUGUACAAGGGCAAUGGAUCCACGAUAGUAGUACGAGAACGCUCCGAUGGCCGCGCUUAUAUUGAAAUCCUCACCCCUUCAGAGUCAGACGGCGAAGUCCAGUCCAGCGGCUCCGCUACUUUAGUGUGUCUGGUGUUCGGGGUAUCCGAGCAGGCUCGUGUCUACUGGGUCAUCGAACGCGGACUGACCGACUCCGGAUCCGGAGAUUCCAGCGAAUCCACUCCGGACUUUAUCAGGAAUCAGAUCACCAUUCCGGGCGAGGUCUGGAGCAGCGGGUCCGUGUGCACGUGUGUUGUGGAAACAGAGAGCGGGCGCAAUAUGAGCAAAAGCGUGAGCAAGACCGAUGCAGAUUGCUUUCCUUCGGUCUGGCGGUAUGUCUUCAUCUCCGGUGUUCUCGUUGCGAUGUGGAUACACUUUGCUGUAGUUCACUGGAACUAUAACAAGCAAAGACGGCGUUUUCAAGAGGAAAGAUGAAGCAAUGGAAAUGCAUUUAACUGAACAAGUCCUUUUCUUUAUUUGAAUACAGUCUUGCUUCUGUCAUACUGAACUUCACUUCCAUUCUCAAAGUAUUACAAGAGUGCAUUAAAGGCAUUGAAGGUGCACCAGAUCAUACAUUCAAUUGAGAUCUAGACACAAGGGCUUAAUGUUUUGUAUAUGCAAUUAGACUUCAUUAUCUUCACA